AAAACUCGAGGGCCGGAGGGUUAAGAUGCCGAAUCGACAGAAGAGGGCGACUUUCUGCGGGGGCGGCUUGUUGAGCUUGGUCUCUGCCCUGAGCGCGGCUGUGUCCCUAGGCACUCCGUCCUGGGUCGAGGGCACACUCCUGUGCAAGACAGGAGCUCAACUCGUCAACGCGUCUGGAACAGAGCUGGAAAAAUUCAUCGGGCAGAUCCAGUACGGGCUGUUCCAAGGACGGAGGCUCCGGGAAUGUGGUCUGGGAGGAAGGAGUUUUCAGAUUACAUUUUUUCCAACCCUCUUGGACGUGAUACCCGCAAGUCUUCAUGUUAGUGUAAUACUACUUUCUGCAGCGGUAAUUGUGUUUGCUCUGGUCACAGCUGGAUUCUUCAUGUUCAAUGCCUUUGGACGACCUUACGAAACCCUCCAUGGUCCUAAUGGCCUGUACCUUUGGAAUACCAUUGCUUGUUCCUGUGGUUUUAUGGUGAUGAUACUGUUUACCUCAGAAGUGAAAAUUCAUCGUCUGUCUGAGAAAAUUGCAAACUACAAAGAGGCAAACUUCGUCUUCAAGACACACACUGAAAUUUUUGGAUUUUCCUACUGGCUUCUUUUUGUCUGCACAAUGAUGCAUUGUAUCAACAUACUGCUCAUUAGAUUAGCUGGAAUCCAAUUUCCUUUCUCCAAAUCAAAAAACACAGAUUCGGGUGAUGGGGGCGCUGACCUCAUGUACUAAGCGUGUGAGUACAGGCAGACCCAGAACUUGUAAGUCAGCUUGUGGCUAACAUUCCUUUGAAACUUUACUGGGGCUCUUCCUAAUACACAACAUUCAAGAAUUCUGAAUUCUGAACGUACAUCAUACACACCGAUGCCUAAAUGAUACCUAUGAUCUACCUGCCUGGGUGAUUAUAACGUUCAGGGAGAUGACACUCGUUAGGAGGCUGAAAUCAAACAUAUGGCAUUGUUAUUGGUUCAUUGAAAAUUGGAGAAAUAGUAAUUAGUUGACAAGAGGACAGAAUAUACAACUGGAGGGAUGACCACCUAUUGAAUAUUGGAAGUGGAGACCAUGAAUGAUUUCGAAAGGAAAUUGUGGGAAAUAAACUUGCAGGACUACGGGGAUAGAGCAGAGGAAUGGGACUGACUGGAUUGCUCUUACAAGAGAGUCAACAUGAACUCAAUAGGGCGAAUGGCCUCCUUCUGGGCUAUAAUGGCUCUAUGAUGAUUACUGCCUUUAAAUUAUUGUGGUGCAAUAACAGCAACACACUUGUUGACAUGUUUGUAUGAAAAAUCUUUGUCCCUCAGAUUAAGGAAAGCAAUACCACAUUUAUCUUUUUUGAUCAGACAGAGGAAUUUUCCGUGAAUUAACACAUAAGAGCAGGAGUAGGCCAUUCAGACACUUAGACCUGCUCCGCCAUUCAAUUAGAUAAUGGUCAAAUGCCCAUUAGGCUUGAUAUCCUUCCUAAAAAAAAUCUAUCAAUCUCAAUCUCAACAGCUCCAAUUAAUCCACCAGCAUCCACAGACUUUUAGGGUCGAGAAUUCUGGAUUUCUGCUACUCUUUGUGUGGAAAAAUAUAUUUCUGAUUUUGCUUCUAAAUGGCCUAGUUCUAACUUUAAGCAUAUGUCCAUUCACUCCUCAGUCAGCAUUAAUAUCACACAAGAUAAUUCCAAGCCCUAUAACUUUUAUAAGAAAUGAAUUUAUCCCGAAGCAUUUUAAUAGUUUAUUUUUAGUGGUUUACUUUAAAGGCAUCAGUAUUAAAAGAGCUAAAAUAUCUGUUAUGUUGAGUUUUCAAUAAGAAUUGUUU